AAGUGUUUCCGGUUCAAACUACGAUGAUUUGUUGUGCUUCUUAGAGUCUAGACUACUCUUCUGACUAGAUCUAGAUAAGAUCCAGAUCUAGUUACCUACAAUUAUUUUAGUGAUUAUCAUUAUUCUUCUUUAUUAUCAUCUAAUUCUAGAUCUAUUGACUUUCAUAACUUGUAACUUUCAUUUCCAUGGAGUUACAGACAACACAGAAUAGUCACACUAACAGUGUUAGUACUGUUACUGUUACUACUGUUAGUCAAGUUAGUGUGGUGCCUUUUAUUUUUAAAAUUCCUUCAAAACGUUUAAUAAAACCAAAAAAAGUUUUAACUGAAGAUGAGUUUUCACAGAGCAUUGGUAAGAUCAUAGAAAGAGAUUUCUUCCCAGAUUUACCCAAUCUGGAAGCACAGACAGAAUAUUAUGAAGCACUGGAAAAAAAUGACCUUGUCAAACUUCGAGAAAUACAAAUGAGAUUCAAAAGACCUGACACUGGCUCCUCUGACAUUUUGGGUUCUCCGCUAACUUUUGAGACUCCUGUAGGACGUAGAAAAACAACACCUGCUAAAAGAAAACAAACAGAUUUAAUCCAUUCAGGUGCUAGUGAAAGCAGUGAACCAGCAGAAAUUGAUGAAAUAGCUGAAGCAGCAGACAAACAAGACAGAAGAACAUCUAUGCUGUCUUUAGAUUCUUUCUUGGCAAGAAACACUAGUGAAGACAGCGCAUCAUUCGCAGAGAUUCUUAAAGAGUCUGACCGUAAACAUAGACUCAAACAUGCAUGGAUAUUUGAAAAAGAAAAAGAACAGUUGGCUGAGCAUGAAAAUUUUAUCGCACUGCCCCCUAUUGAAGAGCAGGCUGCUAUCACAGACAGGCCAGCACACAUCAACACCUGGAAAUACACCAAUGAAAAUGCUGUGAUGUAUGUGCCAGAUGGCCAGGAGCUUAGUGCUAAAGAAAUGAUAGAGGAGCAAAAAUACAAGCCUCAGCAGAUAGUGCAUGAAAAUACAAGAUUUCAGUACAACCCUUUUAACAACGCCCGAAGUAAAGAAGCAAUGCAGAAAGCAGCUUCUUUCAAAGCUUUGAUCAAUCAAGGCAAGAUUGGACAUGAUGGUAAAGAAAUUCAACCCAGUCAGUCCCCUCAAGUAAAUGGGUAUGGUUUUGUAGCUACCCCAUCACCAGCCCCAGGUGUUACAGAAUCGCCGCUCAUGACCUGGGGUGAGAUUGAGAGCACACCAGCACGGCUGGACAGCAAUGAAGCCAUGCCUGCCUUGACUCCAGGGCCUGUGUUUAGGAUUCCAGCUGUUCCUAAAAGAGACAGGAUUGCUUUAGAACUGUCAGAAAAGGCUAGCAAGGCACAUCGUGCUAAAAAGGAGGAAGCUAUUCGUCAAGUCACUAGAAGAUUUGCAAGUCCAUCACCAUCUGCUAAAAUUGGAUUAAGUUCAACAGAACGCCUUAAUUCCAUGUCUCCAGCCGCACAGAAAUUAGCAAGCAAGCGUUUAGGAAUAAAGACAUCAACUGACAAGGCUUUGUUAGCUAGCUAUACACCCACACCAUCACCAACACAUAGAGAUAAAACACCCAUUCGUCUAACCCCAGGUUCCAGAAGAUCCCAAGGAUCUUUACCAGGCAGUCCAGCCAUUAGAACGCCUUCAAGUCAAAGAGGCAGUGAUACACCUUCAUCAACAGCAGGUUCAGAAAUUCCAUCUCUUACAGACCAUUUGCUCAAUUUGCCAAAGCGGAAGAGAAAAACAGCUUCUGACUUUUUCUGAUUGGACUUUAACCUUUCAGUGGUACUUACCCACUUUGAAUAGUGGACGCUACAUUGAAGUAAACUUUUACAAUGUAUAUGAAAUACGUGACUAUAGUGCUUCCUGCACUGAGUUUUAAGUCACUUCUGUAGUUUAAAAAAACUUGUGAUAAUUUUAUCACUGCUUGAGAACUAAUCUGUGAAGAUGGCCAUAUUCAAUGGAGUGGAGCAAAACCUACCUGAUGCUCGUUUUUCCAGUUUGCAUUACUUCAUAAAAUUUCUUAAAGGUCACCUAAAGAACACACUCUGUUGACCUUGGUUCCAAGUAUUGAUGUAUUAUUGAACUACCCCUUUGAAUUCAACCCAACAGUCAAAUAUUUCAUUAGAACCUAAUGUUAUCGAUUGGAGAAAAUUCCUAGUACGUGUGGAUUUAAUUUUUAAAAAUAUUUUAGUGACCUAUAGUUGUAAAUUAUGGUGACAAUAUGAUUGUUUCUUUCCCCAGAAAAGUCUGUACUGUAACAUAAUAUAUCUGAAUGUUCAUUUUUUUAAAUUUUUUUUUGGCAUAUAUUAAAAAAAAAAAUACUAAUAAUUUAAACAUGGUUUAUUAUAAAAGUAAAAUAUCGAAUAAAAAAAAGGCAAAAUUAAUGGAAGUCAGGAAAAAAAAAUUGUACCACAACUUUCGUUAAAUAAGAUACAGUUAAUAAAUGAACUUUAUUUUAAAAUGAACCAGUACCACAGAAAUACUGUCAUAAAAUGCCAUGUCAAUACAAUGUAUGAAGUAAUUUUUUUUCCUCAGAAAAUACAUUCAUAUCUAUAGUUGGAAAAGUAUAUCUCCAUUGUUUCUCUUAUCAACAAAACAAACUAACCAUGUUUUCCUAAGCAUUGUCAAUUGUAUUAGAAAUACCUAAGAAGUUCAUACCAGUAUGCUAAUUUAAAAUGUUUUUUUUUUAUUCACAUAAAAAAAGUUCGAAAAUAAAAACACAAAUUGUCUUA